AUGGAGUUCUUUGCUGCAGAUGUGCGACGAGAUUCCGCAAAGCUUCGUCGCGCGUACUUGCAGCUGGCCCUCCGUUACCACCCAGACAAGGUCAAUGCGAGCCGCUCGCCACACGCAGCAGACCGUGAAGGUUCUCUGGAGGACAGGGAAGCGACGGAGGUGUUCCAAGCAAUCCAGGCUGCCUACGAGGAGCUUUCUGCAAGCCUAGAUGGGCGUCGAGGCCCUGGCUGUCCUGGGCCGCGGGUGCGCAGCGCCUUCGCAGCGGCCUGCGAGCUGGGCGACCUUGCGGAAGUGCGUCGCCUCCUCCGCAUCAGACCGGCAUUGGCAGAGCAGACGGACGAGCUCGGCGUGUCGCCCCUGAUGUUUGCGGCUUCCGGAGGGUCAGCGGCGGCCUGCGAGGUACUGCUGGAGGCGAAGGCUUCAUUGGAGAUGCGCAAUCCACUUGGGUGGACAGCCCUCACUUGGGCUGCACUCCGAGCUCGCAAGGAGGCUUCCUCCUUCCUGCUGCAGAAGGGUGCAGAGGUGCAAGACAACGACUUGAUUGUGCUGGCUUUCACCGGCAACUCUGAAACCUUCUCGGUUCUGCUGCAGGCCUGUGGUGAUGAGAAAGUGUUGGCAGUGCGCGACGAGAAAGAGAAAGGAUUGUUGCACUUCGCUCUCACAGGCUUGGCCUACCUGAAGCGGCCUGCGGAAUCCCACGAAGAUUGUGUGGACUUGGCCAUCCAAGCCAGAUGCGAUCCGGCCGGUGAAGAUCGCAGGGCCCGCCAAUGUCGGGAAGGUGGAAUGGAGGAAGCAGUGCCUGUGCUUUGCCACUUCGUGCAGUGCGUGUCAGAAGAUUGGGCAACAUCUGAUCUGGACCAGUCUGCCACACACCUUGCCAUGGUCACCAAGCUCCCCGGUGUGCAGAUGCGCAUCAUUCUGGUUUCUAGAAGGGGCAUGGUCCAGGAUCUGUCCGUGAGUGGGUGCUACGCUCUCAGUCUGACAGGCUGA